UGCAAGAAAAUAAAAAUGGCGGAAGUUGAUACCAAAAUUCUCGAAGAGGGGCCGCGAAUGAUCACUCUAAAUAAUAAUAAGGAGACUAUCCACUCUAUAAGUGGAAACAGGAUAACGCCAGUCCUUGUCCUCUGUGUCAUUGCAACCACCAUUGGAUCCAGCGCUCAGUUUGGCUUCAACACUGGAGUUAUCAAUAACAUACAAGAGCCUAUUCGUACUGCUCUCAAUGGCUCUAUGAACAACACAAUGGACAAAUCCCACGGCUUUACUAACCUAGAGUGGGCAGCAACUGUGUCCAUAUUUGCAAUUGGCGGGAUGUUUGGUGCUCUACCAGCUGGAGCUAUGGCCGACUGUAUAGGGAGGAAGUGGUCUAUGAUGGCUAAUAAUGUUGUAGCUAUUGCUGGAGUACUUCUACAGUCGCUUGCCGUGAGUCCGUACAUGUUGAUAGCUGGUAGAUUCGUGAUUGGAAUCAAUGCAGGUAUAAACACUGUUAUUGGUCCAUUGUACGUGUCAGAGAUAUCUCCAAUAAAGUAUCGUGGGGCAAUGGGAACUUUUGUUCAACUCUCCAUCACUUCCACCAUACUCCUUUCCCAAAUAUUUGGGAUUAACGCUAUUGUAGGCACUGGGCAGUAUGGCUGGAGGAUCCUGUUAGCUGUUCCUCUUUUAUUCGUAAUAGUACAAGUCCUGAUACUUCCCUGGUGUCCCGAGAGCCCAAGGUUUCUUUACAUCAGACGGAGGAAGUGUGAGGCCGCAGAAAAAGCAUUGAAAAGGUUGUGUGGUUCUGGCAGUGUUCUAAGAGAAAUGAGAGAAAUGGAGGUUGAAUUGGAGGAAAGGAAUCAAAACCAGAGAGCUAACUCACUAGUCAUCACUGACUUCAUUACCAAUCCAGUCCUGAGGAGAGCAUUAGCCAUUAGCAUCAUGUUGCACCUUUCGCAACAAAUAACUGGAAUAGGAAGUUUGCUCUACUACAGCUCACAAAUAUUCAAAGAUGCUGGUGUCAGUGAUGGAGACGUCGCCACUUCUGUCAUGGGUGUGGUUUUAGUCUUGGGUACCAUAGCAACGAUCAUAUUGAUUGAUAGAGUUGGUAGACGGACACUAAUGCUCUAUGGAUUAGGAGGGAUGGCCAUAUUCUUUGCUCUUGUUUCUACUGCUUUUUGUUUUCAAUUUGCCUUCUAUUCUGAUGACGAGACAAAGGCCACUGCCCCUGGGGUUCUACUGGUCGUAUUUGCUUUUGGUGUCACCUUUAGCUUUGCUCUUGGUCCAGGUGCUAUCCCUUGGCUGAUGGUCUCAGAAUUAUUCAAACAAGAGGCACGACCUUUUGCUGUCUCGAUUGCAACCAUUGUCAACUGGCUAAGCAACUUUGCUAUCAGCUUUGCCUUCCCAUUUAUGUUGAAUCAUUUAAAGCCUUAUCCCUUCAUAAUUUUUAUGGGCAUAUCUGCUUUAAUUUGGCUUUUUAUGUAUUGCUAUUUGGUCGAGACGAAAGGAAAGUCAAUCGAGCAGAUCAUUGCUUCUCUGAAAGCCGCUACGUCGGGCACUUCUAGUCACUUCAUUUGGUUUUAUUUGAGGAAGAGAGAUCAGCAGCCACGCCCUACUGCCACGCCUUCUCAUUUUACAUGAUACUGAAUUUACUGAUAGAAUAAUUAUUAAUAUUAUUAUCAUUAAUUAUUAUUGUUGUUGUUGUUAUUAUUGUUGUUGUUGCUAUAAUUCCCAUUUUGGGGUCCAUAUUUUUGUAAAUUUUUGAAAUUCAAUUAUAAUGUAAAUUGUGCCUGUUAUGAAAAUUAUUAAA